GUUUAAUACUUUAAUACAUCCCUCGUAUAUGUAUAACGAAUACUCUUGACUUGUGUUUGUGGAAUAGUUCCUGUUGUUAGUCGCUACUUUUUCUGAUGCAACCCACCGAACUUCGCAUGCAACCCAAAACCCAAGUAAAAGUUUGGUUAAAAAUUACUGUGAAAUUACACGUUUGUGUUCGUCGUUCGUGUUGUCACCUUUGGUUGAAUAUAAAGAAAGUAUUCUUAUAUUGUCAAAAAUAGUGCACCAGAAGUAUUAUUUAAUAUAUAUCACGUUACAGUACUUAAGAAAUAAACAUUUUUUUUUUGAAAAAUGAGUGAAACUAUGGAGAAAAUCAAUCAAAAUAAAACUGAAAAAUCAAAAAAAAAGAAUAAACAAACUGCUCCAGGUGGUGGCGAUUCUGGUACUCUCAAGGAAUUAAGUCCUUGGCCAGCAUACAUUGAGGAGAGGUUGAAAUUAUGGAACAAAUUGAAAGCAGAGUAUGAUGCUGACAUUGCAAAAAAACCACAAGAACCUAUUCAAGUCACUUUACCAGAUGGUAAGGUAGUAGAAGGUGUAGCUUGGAAAACCUCUCCAUAUGACAUCGCAAAAGGAAUAAGUCCAGGGUUAGCUGAUAAUACCGUUAUUUCGAAAGUUAAUGGUGUGUUAUGGGAUUUAGAUAGACCAUUGGAAGAAAACUGUUCCCUUCAACUUCUCAAAUUUGAAGAUGAAGAAGCCCAAGCAGUAUUUUGGCACUCUACUGCUCAUGUUCUUGGGGAAUCUCUGGAAAGAAUAUAUGGAGGUUGUCUUUGUUAUGGACCACCAAUAGAAUCUGGAUUUUACUAUGAUAUGUUUUUGGACGAAAAAGGUAUAUCGCAAACUGAUUUCCCUAUUGUAGAAAAUUUAAUGAAAAAUAUUGUAAAGGAAAAACAACAAUUUGAGAGGUUAGAAAUGAAGAAGGAAGACCUAUUGGAAAUGUUUAAAUAUAAUGAAUUUAAAGUUCGUAUUCUUAAUGAAAAAGUCAAUACUGCAACCACUACUGUUUACAAAUGUGGUCCUCUUAUAGACUUGUGCAGGGGACCACAUAUAAGGCAUACUGGAAAAAUAAAAGCGCUCAAAGUCACCAAAAACUCUUCUACUUAUUGGGAAGGAAAAUCUGAUGCUGAAACUCUACAAAGGGUGUAUGGGAUAAGUUUCCCAGACACAAAAAAACUGAAAGAAUGGGAGCAUUUUCAAGAAGAAGCUGCUAAAAGAGAUCAUAGAAAAAUUGGGAGAGAACAGGAACUGUACUUCUUUCAUGAAAUGUCUCCAGGAUCUUGCUUUUUCCAACCAAGAGGAGCUCAUAUCUAUAACACUCUAGUAAAUUUCAUAAAGAAAGAGUACAGAAAAAGGGGCUUUGAAGAAGUUAUUUCUCCAAACAUGUACAAUGUGAAGCUGUGGCAAACUUCAGGCCAUUGGUCACAUUAUGCUGAAAAUAUGUUUUCCUUUGAUGUAGAAAAAGACAAAUUUGCUUUGAAACCCAUGAAUUGCCCAGGUCAUUGUCUUAUGUUUGACAAUCGUGUGCGCUCAUGGAGAGAACUUCCUCUAAGACUUGCUGAUUUUGGUGUCCUCCACAGAAAUGAACUUUCUGGAGCACUUACUGGUCUCACUAGAGUUAGAAGAUUCCAACAGGAUGAUGCACACAUUUUUUGCACUCCUGAACAAAUUACAGAAGAAAUAAACGGGUGCUUAGAUUUUGUCAAAUAUGUGUACACAGCAUUUGGCUUUACUUUUGAUCUUUGCCUUUCUACCAGACCAGAAAAAUUCAUUGGAGAUGCUGCUUUGUGGGAUUCUGCUGAAAAGGCUUUAGAAGAUAGUUUAAAUAAAUUCAGCCAGCCUUGGAAAUUUAAUCCUGGUGAUGGUGCAUUUUAUGGUCCUAAAAUUGACAUAACAAUUAAAGAUGCAUUGCGGAGAUCUCAUCAAUGUGCUACUAUUCAAUUAGAUUUUCAGUUACCUAUAAGAUUUAAUUUAUCAUAUAUAGCUGAUAGUGGAGAUAAGAAGAAACCGGUAAUGAUUCACAGAGCAAUUCUUGGAUCUGUAGAAAGGUGUAUAGCAGUACUAACAGAGUCUUUUGCUGGUAAGUGGCCAUUCUGGCUUUCCCCAAGACAAGUCAUGGUAAUUCCUGUAGGACCAACGUAUGAUGAAUAUGCAGGAGAAAUCAAACAACAACUUUUCCAAGCAGGAUUUAUGUCAGAAGUAGACAGUGAUCCUGGUGAUACCAUGAACAAAAAGAUAAGAAAUGCCCAGCUAGCCCAGUUCAACUUUAUUCUAGUCGUUGGAGAUAAGGAAAAAUCAAGUAAAACCGUCAAUGUUCGUACUAGAGAUAAUGUAGUACAUGGAGAAUUUUCUUUGGAUAAAUUAAUUGAGAAGUUCAACAAUUUGAGUAAUAAUCAUCUUCAGAGUGAAAAUGACUUCUAAGUAAAACACUCUAAUUGCAUUUAAAAUUUUGCUAAUAGAAUAGUAUUUUUGUUUUAUAUUUAUGUUUUACUUUAAUAAAUGUAUGCUUAUACAA